CGGACAUAGGUUUACUGAGGCCUGAAAUUAAACAAAUAGAUGUAGAUCCACUACUAGAAGAACCUUAUUCAAAUGUAGAUAUUACGAGUUCUCAAGUUCUUAUGGUUGAUGUACCUGGAGAAGGCGAAGCGACAGAUGGCGCUACUGACACGAUACUGUACGAUCCCGACGAACUGUUUAUGUUUAUUGCACCUCAAAGUCACAAUUUAACUGUCCAAAGACAAAGAUUAUUAGAUUGUUACAUUGAAGAUCUAUCACUCAGUGAAGUAGAAGAAGCAGCUGUUGCUUUGAGAUUGUUAGUUAAUUUGUUUAGACAGAGAAGAAUGGAUAUGAAUAAAUUGGUACCAUUAUUUAAUCUCAUUAAAGGAGAUGGACAAGGGGGAGAUCUUUUAGGCUGUGGUUGUCCUCCUCAAUAA